AUGCUCCAAACAGCAUCAGGAAAAAUCCUUCAGCGACCGCUCAAUCGUCUCAUUCCACUGGAGAUACACGCUUCCACUAAAUUAUCGGAAGGCAGCACUAAUGAACCUUCAACAACAGAAGGAGCGAACACGGUCCGGCGGAAGCCAUCCAACAGAUAUGGACCUGAAGAUGGCGUUGCUCUCAGACAACAGCCACCAAGGGCUGCAAAAAAGAAUGUUUCUUAUAGUGAGACCAAAAGAGGAUCAACAAGCCAAGCGGUCUCAUCUGCAGUUCUCACUACUGCCACGUGUAUAUUCACACUAUUCGGCUCAGCUUCGGCAGCCACGAUAUCCUGCUCAAACAAAGGAGCAACACUCAACACUACCCUCUCCACCGCAGCAGAGCUCAGCAUAAAUUACAAGCAAUGCACGAUGAUUCCAGCUGGAGCUAAUAUAACGGAGAUAGCCUUGCCAUUCAACGCCAUAUUUGCAUGCAUAACCCCUAUCACGGAAUCAUCUCAAUACACGCAUACACUCAGUGCUAACAGUACAGUCCGCUCUCGCUCAUCUUACCAAACCGACUGCCGAGAGGUACUGGAGAGCACCAUCACCGAAAACAGACCUCAGGCUUGCUUCCUUUCUACGAAACAAGAACCAAACAGUUGGAAGCAUGGAAAUGGAUGUACUACAUCUGUGGAGGAAUCGGAUGCGGCUGCCUUCUUCCAGUGCCUGGCUGCUUAUUUUCCCGCUCCUGCGCAAAGCCGAAGAACGAUAAGAUCUCAAGUGUUCCAUUGCCCAACGUGGAAAGAAUCAGCCUUAGUAAAGUUCACCUACACCGGAGCUCGAGGAAUCGCAGUGUCAGACACGAUACCAAUAAACACGCAAGCAACGCACGUCAUGGAGGAAGCCAACAUAACGCUGGAAUUCGUGACAACGCCAGCGAUUCCUCUGCUCGGCAUCAUGUUCAUGGGGACUGUCAACGUCAGCCACUCAGAAGCAGCUGUUAUCGAGAAGGAAGACUUCAUCGCUUUGCGGUGCCCGACAAUAGAUAGUGCUCUAACAUCUCCGAAUGUUACGUCGAGGACCGAUGUUCGUGCUUCCCAUCAGAGACUGAAGCGAAAUGACGAUCAUGGAAGAGUCUUUGGAGCUGUGCACAGCGCCGUCGUUGAUCUAACGAUAAGCACCUCAGCACUGUUUCAUGCAGACUCCAUUAUUGAUGACGAGGACUGCGACACUUACCCCAUCAUCAUUGCGAGGAUGCUACAACUGUUUCAAGGAGCAGAAGUCACCUUCUCAUGCCAUUCCGAUCGUCCAAUCAUGGUUGAGAUAGAAUGCCAAGAUAAUAUAUUCGCAGCAGCGUGCGAUCCUUCCACCGCUAGAACGAAGCGCAUUAUUCACGCAACAGCACCUAAGUACAAGGAUAGGUGUCAGGUGAAGUGUGGACAGAGGACGCACAUCAUCCGAUAUCAGGCGUAUUAG